AUGCAGCCUGCUCUGAAUCCCAAUGGCGACUUUGGCGACUACGUUUUCCUGAAUCGUUGGUCGAUUCGUAACUUCCAGCUGGCUCCAGGCGCCAUCGUCUCACUCAGCUCGCCCAAGGAGCCUGACCAGAAGCUGAUCAAGCGUGUGGUGGGGCUGGAGGGGGACCUGGUGCGCACGCUCGGCUACCGACAGACAGUGGUGCGCGUGCCGGACGGCCACUGCUGGCUGGAGGGCGACAACCGCGGCCACUCGCUCGACUCGAACCUGCUCGGCCCGGUGGCCGUGGGCCUGGUGACGGCGCGCGCCUCGCACGUGGUCUGGCCGCCGAGCCGGUGGCGCCGCCUGGAGCCCGAGCUGCCCGAGGACCGGCGGCCGCUCAACUGGACCCCGGCCAGUCGCUGA